UUUAAUAUUUUCCUCUUUCCUCGUCUUUGACUAGUUGUACUUUUACACUCUCAUUCUCUCUCUGCUGUCUCCUCUUCUCCCUUUGCCGACGCCGGAACCUGCAUUGCUCGCCGGAAUGCUCUCCUGCAAUCUCCAUUCAGCUGUACACCACCGGAAUGUGUCCUAGAAGCUGCUUCUUCCCUGUCUAAGAACCGAGUUUUCUUUUUGGGUCCAAGCCAGUCCAUGCGUUGAGGCAUUGUCUGCUGUGACUUGAAAUUGUCAAUAGAGUUUCUGGGCAUGUGGUUUGCGUGAGGAGGAAUAGAUCUACGGAGUUUCGUGCAUUCUUGAGAGCGAAGAAGUUGGUUUUGUUUGAGAGAACGGGUGAGGUUUGGGUGUGGAUGGCAGCAUAGCGAAGAGGUUGGAAUUGUUGCAUAUGACGACCGGAGCUCCGUCCAGCGAUCGGAGAGGGUGGUGGUGUUUCGGCGAAUCUUUCACAUGGAAUGGCAGAUCUUACUAGCUACGGGAAUGCCGACCGUGGCUUGGAGCAGGCAUUGAUUUCUUUGAAAAAGGGUGCCCAACUGCUUAAAUGUGGUCGGAAAGGAAAGCCCAAGUUUUAUCAAUUCAGGCUUUCCAAUGAUGAAUCAUCUUUAAUCUGGAUUUCAAGCAGUGGAGAAAGAAGAUUGAAUCUUUCUUCUGUCUUAAGAAUUAUUCCUGGACAAAGAACAGCUGUUUUUCAACGGUAUCUGAGUCCUGAGAAGGACUAUCUGUCCUUUUCCCUUAUUUAUAACAACGGAAAGCAGUCUCUUGAUUUGAUUUGCAAGGAUAAAGUUGAAGCAGAAGUGUGGAUUGCUGGCCUCAAAGCUCUGAUAUCUUCUGGCCAAGGUGGGCGGUCCAAAAUUGAUGGGUGGAAUGAUGGGGGUCUCUAUCUUGAUGAUAACAGAGACUUGACAUCAAUUAGUCCAAGUGAAAGCUCAGUUAGUACACUAGAUAUUGAAUCCCCUGAUACUUCUGUGAAUUCUAAUCCUAACACUUCUUCAAAGUCCUUUCGACCGGUGAAGUCUGUGAAUUCUGAAAGAUCACAUUCAUUGCUAGACCCUACAAAUAUGCAAGCAAAGGGAUCUGGUUCAGAUGCUUUUCGAGUUAGUGUUUCAAGUGCCCCCAGCUCAUCCAGCCAUGGAUCUGCUCCAGAUGAUUGUGAUGCUCUGGGUGAUGUAUACAUAUGGGGGGAGGUUAUCACUGAGAAUGUUAUGGGAGUUGAUGCAGAUAAAAUUUUCAAUCACUUCAGUCCUAGGGUAGAUGUGCUUUUGCCUAAGCCACUGGAGUCCAGUGUAGUUUUAGACGUACAUCAUAUAGCAUGUGGCGUUAAACAUGCUGCACUAGUCACAAGGCAAGGUGAAGUAUUUACUUGGGGUGAAGAAUCUGGAGGACGUCUAGGCCAUGGUGUUGAGAACAAUGUGGUUCUACCUUGUCUAGUUGAAGCUCUGGCUUCUACAACUGUUGAUGUUGUUGCUUGUGGGGAGUUUCACACCUGCGCUGUUACAUUGGCUGGGGAGCUAUAUACUUGGGGUGAUGGAACUCAUAAUGCUGGACUUCUUGGUCAUGGCACUGAUGUAAGUCAUUGGAUACCGAAACGAAUUUCAGGUCUACUAGAGGGGCUUCAAGUUGCUUUUGUCACUUGUGGUCCAUGGCACACAGCCUUGAUAACUUCAACUGGGCAACUCUUCACAUUUGGUGAUGGAACAUUUGGUGUCUUGGGUCAUGGAGAUAGGGAGAAUGUUUCAUAUCCUAGAGAAGUACAAUCAUUGUCAGGGUUAAGAACAAUAGCUGUUGCAUGUGGAGUGUGGCAUACUGCAGCUGUGAUCGAGGUUAUUGUGACACAAUCCAGUGCAAGUGUAUCAUCUGGUAAAUUGUUUACUUGGGGUGAUGGAGACAAAAAUCGCCUUGGACAUGGAGACAAGGAGGCCCGACUUGAACCAACUUGUGUGCCUUUGCUCAUUGAUUACAAUUUUUGUAAAAUUGCUUGUGGUCACAGUUUGACAGUUGGCCUCACAACAUCAGGACGUGUUUUUACAAUGGGAAGCACUGUUUAUGGUCAACUCGGCAAUCCACAGUCUGAUGGAAAGCUUCCCUGCUUGGUCGAAGACAAUCUUUCUGAAGACUCUGUUGAAGAAAUUGCAUGUGGUGCUUAUCAUGUUGCAGUUUUAACAUCCAAAAAUGAAGUUUAUACGUGGGGGAAGGGUGCUAAUGGAAGGUUGGGUCAUGGGGAUAUUGAAGAUCGAAAAACCCCAACUUUGGUUGAGGCUUUGAAAGAUAGACAUGUUAAAAAUAUUGCGUGUGGUUCAAACUACUCUGCUGCCAUAUGCCUUCAUAAAUGGGUGUCUGGUGCUGAGCAGUCUCAGUGCUCUACUUGUAGACAGCCAUUUGGUUUCACAAGAAAGAGGCACAACUGUUAUAAUUGUGGGCUUGUGCAUUGCCACUCAUGCAGUUCAAGGAAAGCAUUGAGAGCAGCUCUGGCUCCUAAUCCUGGAAAGCCAUAUCGUGUUUGUGAUUCUUGUUUUGUAAAAUUGAACAAGGUGACAGAAGUUGGCAUUAAUAAUAGAAGGAAUGCCAUGCCUCGUUUGUCUGGUGAAAACAAGGACAGGUUAGACAAGGCUGAGAUCAGGUUGGCCAAGUCACCGAUUCCUUCUAAUAUGGAUUUGAUAAAGCAGCUAGAUAGCAAGGCAGCUAGACAAGGGAAGAAGACUGAUACAUUCUCCCUGGUUCGCACAUCACAAGCCCCUUUGCUGCAGCUGAAAGAUGUUGCCUUGUCUACUGCUGUUGAUCUGAGACGUACAGCUCCUAGGCCAGUUCUGACAUCAUCUGGAGUAAGCUCUAGGUCUGUCUCUCCUUUUUCUAGAAGACCAAGUCCACCUCGUUCAGCUACGCCUAUUCCAACAUCAGGACUUUCUUUCUCAAAAAGUAUGACUGACAGUCUGAAGAAAACGAAUGAACUUUUAAAUCAUGAAGUACUGAAGUUACGCACUCAGGUUGAGAGCCUGAGAAAAAGGUGUGAUCUGCAAGAAUUAGAGCUUCAAAGGGCAGAAAACAGAACUCAGGAAGCUAUGGCACUGGCUGCUGAGGAAUCUGCUAAAUCUAAAGCUGCAAAAGAAGUUAUAAAGUCACUUACAGCACAGCUUAAAGAUCUAGCUGAGAGACUACCUCCAGGAGCUUAUGACACUGACAGCAUCCGGCCAGCUUACCUGCCAAACAGUUUGGAACCAAAUGGCAUCCACUAUCCUGACUCGAAUGGGGAGGGACAUACCAGAGCGGAGUCAAUCAGUGGCUCUAGCCUGGCCUCUUUUGUUCUUGAAUCUUCUCUUUUCAACAAAACUGAGGUCACAGGAACUCAUGCAGCCAAUCGUUACCAUCAAAACCGGGUGCUUGUGCCUUCCAAUGGGACAAAUGAAUACCCAAAUGUUAGACUUACCAAUGGUGGUGUGUUUCAGGCAACUAGCAGUAGUAUAUUAGAUUCUGCUGAUGGCAGGAAUUCUGGGCCUCUCCAAGAUGGUGAGAGUGGUUCAAGAUUAAGGAAUGUUGUACUGGCAGCUAAUAAUCAAAUUGAGGCAGAAUGGAUUGAACAGUAUGAACCUGGGGUGUAUAUAACACUCAUGGCAUUGAGUGAUGGGACGAGAGAUCUAAAACGAGUGCGGUUCAGCCGGCGAAGAUUUGGAGAGCACCAAGCAGAGACUUGGUGGUCUGAGAAUCGUGAGAAGGUAUAUGAAAGGUACAAUGUUCGAAGUAGCACCGAGAAGUCCUCAAGCCAAGCAGCUCAUGGGGCAGAGAGUGCAGUUUCACCUGUUUCAUAAUCCUAGGAAAAGUUGUAGACACAGGGUUGUUCUCCAUAAAUACGUUUUGUUAAAGUGAGCAUAAUUGUAGUCAAGCAUGAAUCAGUACGAGGGAAGCAUGCAUCCAUUUUUCAGCUUUUUAGUGUAUAUUUUUUCCCCUUUCUUAGUCUUUUGGCCUUCGGUCCUAUGCUCUUAAAUUAGCUAUCUUCCAUUUCAUUUAGGUAUAUCCCCUUUUACGUAUCUGUUGUAAUGUACAGUAUAUAUGAAAAAUUAUAUCAAUAGAGAUAAUC